UCCCGCUGCCGGUCGGCUGGCGGCCCCUGGUGCUGGGGGAUCCCGGUGUGUCUCCAGGGGCCGAGCCGUUGGGACCCCGCUUCCCCCGGGUCCGCUGUUUGGGGUGAUCCCUGGCUGCCCCCGUUCAUCUACACCGUUUUACCUCCACCCCAUCUUGGGACGUGAACCUCUUUGAAAGUUUAAAGCGAACUUACUGUAGGAUUCCUGAGUAUAAGAAGACUAUUUUCUUUCUGAAGACUUCCUGGAUGGAGACAGCUGCAUGUUCAUGUCAUGAUGAUCGCCAGAGAGUUUCUGCUUCUCCUCUUCUGGAAUCUAUUGGCAUCAUCGAAUUUUUUGUCUGCCUUAGCUCUCAUGUGUGAAUAUAAACCUGGUGCAUUAUUAACCUAAGGAUUUCACCAGUUGGAAGUUACAGUUUCACCAUCAACUGCCUUAUCCUUUUUGGUCUGGUUUUCUUCCUCAAAGAGUGGAAAUAUCUUUCUUUCAAGUUGCUUUUGUUGCAGAGUUAAGCAAUGGCUGGUAGAGGCUUCGAUAAAAAAUCCACAAAAUGCCCCAGCUGUUCCACUACUUCUAAGAAAAAUGAACUUUGUGUAUGUUCCUAUAAAACAAGGGUUUCUCCAGUUUUGGUAGUGGAAAUGUCACAGACAUCAAGCAAUGCUAGUGCAGAAGUUUUAGCUUCACCAGAGAGAGAAAAGGAAAAAAACAGCAGCAGAGACAUUACCUCUGGGAAACAUUCGCCCUCAAGAACCUCAUAUGUAGAGAGAAAAACAUCUCAACAACAAUGGGGUCGGGCAAACUUUGCAGAAGGAAAAGUUCGUCAUAUAAGGAUGGACAAUGGAGCUGCUAUUGAGGAAAUCUAUACCUUUGGAAGAAUAUUGGGACGAGGGAGCUUUGGAAUGGUCUUUGAAGCUACAGACAAGGAAACAGAAACUAAGUGGGCAAUUAAAAAAGUGAACAAAGAAAAGGCAGGAAGCUCUGCUGUGAAGUUACUUGAACGGGAGGUGAACAUCCUAAAAAGUGUAAAACAUGAACACAUCAUACACCUGGAACAAAUAUUUGAGACACCAAAGAAAAUGUACCUUGUGUUGGAGCUUUGUGAGGAUGGAGAACUCAAAGAAAUUCUGAAUAGGAAAGGACAUUUCUCAGAGAAUGAGACAAGGUGGAUCAUUCAAAGUCUUGCAUCAGCUAUAGCAUAUCUUCACAGUAAUGAUAUUGUACAUAGAGAUCUAAAACUGGAAAACAUAAUGGUUAAAAGCAGCUUUAUUGAUGAUAACAAUGAAUUAAACUUAAACAUAAAGGUGACCGAUUUUGGCUUAGCAGUGAAGAAGCAAGGUAGGAGUGAAGGCAUGCUGCAGACCACUUGUGGGACUCCUAUCUACAUGGCCCCUGAAGUUAUCAAUGCCCAUGACUAUAGCCAGCAGUGUGACAUUUGGAGCAUAGGUGUCAUAAUGUACAUUUUAUUAUGUGGAGAACCACCCUUUUUGGCAAGCUCAGAAGAUAAGCUUUUUGAGUUAAUAAGAAAAGGAGAACUACGUUUUGAAAAUCCAGUCUGGGAUUCUAUAAGUGAUAGUGCUAAAAGUGUUUUGAAACAACUUUUGAAAGUAGAUCCUGCUCACAGAAUCACAGCUAAGGAACUACUAGACAACCAGUGGUUAACAGGCAAUACACUUUCUUCAGUGAGACCAAUCAAUGUAUUAGAAAUGAUGAAAGAAUGGAAAAAUAACCCAGAAAGUGAUGAGGAAAAUACAACAGAUGAGAAUAAUCAGUCCAUUCAAGGCAAGUUGGAAAGUUACCAGCCUUGGGGAAAUGUUCUUGAUGUCAGUAGCACUUCCCAUGAAGAGGAGGAAAAACAGUCCACUUCUGAAAAAUUUCCUGCGACCAGUGAGAAGGCAGAUAUGGACAGCGUUGACAUGUGCUAUUCCAGAGUCUUUCCAGUUAAACUCAAGGAAGAAAUAGAGAAAACCCCUAUGACUUCAAGCCAAGGAACAGUACUCAAAGACGUUGCUAAAUCCAUGGCCCUGGCUAGAACCAAAAAGAAACCCUAAGGUUCUCUCCAGUGCUGGACAGUACAGAAACAGGACUGCUCUUAUUAGCACUAAAGUGAGGGGAGAGAGGGAAGAGGACAGCACUAUGCCAAGCUUGUAGCCUUUUAGCUCUGCUGAGCCCUGCCAUGUGUUUGCAGGUUAAAAUUGAAGCUAGUUAUCGCCAAAGCAGUGUAAACUGCACAUGGUAUUAAAGGACAGCCACCAGGAGGCUUGGCAGUGGGCUGUGGCUGAAAUCAACUCAAGAUGUUGUUUAGGGGGACAGAUGCCCUCAAUGCAAGGCUGUGGGCAUACUUGCUCAGUUUUGCUUCAAAUUCUUAUAUUUAGGCACAGUUAUUUAUAGGGGAAAACAAGAGGCCAAAUUUGGUAAUGGAGGUUCCAAAUAAUUAUGUGCACUUUGCACUAGAAGACUUUGUUAGAAAAUUAAUUACUAAUAAACUUGCCAUAGGCAUUAUAGCAGAAGUGCUUCAGUCAUUCACAUGUGUUCUUAUGAUUUUAGGUUGCUAUAGAUUAUUUAAGAAAACUUUAAGCGUAGAAAAAUAGGAGAUUUUGUAAUUGCUUGCCAUUAACUUGCUGCUAAAUUCCCAAUGUAUUGAUUAAAUCAAUAAAAACCUGAUGUUACCCA